AUCCCCUUUCUCCUGCUCUGUGAAGAUGCCAAGGAAUCAGUCAUACCACUCCAGGAGGGUCAUAUGUGCAGUCAGUCAGCUUCCCACCGUUUCUGUUAUACCAACACGCGAGUCCCGCAAUGGCAUGACAUAUGGACCAGGAUGCAGAUCCGGAUCAAUAGCAGCAGGAUGAUCCGAGUCAUCCAGGUAGACAGCGAGGAGGAGCUGAAGGAGCUGGAGGAAUUCAACGUGUGGAACUUCCUCUCUUCCUUCCUGAAGGAGAAGCUGAACAACACCUGCAUUGAUGUGGAUCUCUACAGCAACAAAACCUGCCUGAAGGUUGAGCUGCUGGAGACUGGCACUCAACCUGGAUUUGCUCUCUUUCCAGGGUUUGACCCUAAGCUCUUCCUGGUUUUCUUCCUGGGCCUGUUGUUGUUCUUCUGUGGGGACAUGCUGAGCAGGAGCCAGCUUUUUUACUACUCGGCCGGGAUAAGUGUUGGCUUGCUGGCCUCGCUGCUCAUCCUCAUCUACAUGAUGUCCAAGGUCAUGCCAAAGAAAAGUCCUGUUUACUUCCUGCUGGUAGGAGGCUGGUCCUUUUCCCUCUACCUCCUUCAGCUGAUCUUCAAGAACCUACGAGAGAUCUGCAAGUCGUACUGGCAGUACCUCCUAGGCUACCUGCUGCUUGUGGGCUUUGUGAGCUUUGGUGUGUGCUACAGAUAUGGCCCGCUGGAGAACGAGCGCAGCAUCAACCUGCUCUCCUGGACCCUGCAGCUCCUGGGCCUGUUGCUGAUGUACUCAGGCAUCCAGAUCCGCCCCAUCGCCUUGGCCUUGGUGGUCAUUGCCAUCUGCACCAAGUACCUGGACUAUCCCUUGCAGUGGGCCUACGCUGCCUACAGGAGAGUGCAGAGCGCCAGACUCGGGCCGAGCCCCCCUCGCCUGCUGACAGAGGAGGAGUACCGCGUCCAGGGCGAGGUGGAGACACGCAGGGCUCUCGAGGAGCUGCGAAGCUACUGCAAUAGCCCAGAUUUCUCUGCCUGGGCUGCAGUCUCCCGCAUCCAGUCUCCCAAGAGGUUUGCUGACUUUGUGGGUGGCGCCUCUCACCUCACCCCAAAUGAGGUCUCUGUCCACGAGCAGGAGUAUGGCCUGGGCGGUGUCUUCCUCGAGGACCAGCUCUUUGAGGAGGAGGAGGAGGAUGACUCCUUCGAUAGGGAUCACAUGAGCUACUCCCUGUCCCACAAUCACCUGGAUGCUGAUUGAAGUCAGCUGCCCUGGACCCACAAGGGCAAGGGGCAGAACAGCUGUUGUUACCCCCACUCCCCUGACACCUGCAGUGCACAUGGACACAGCCCUAUCUGCAGCAGGGGUGAAACCAUCAGCCAGGGCAUGGGCAGAGCUGGCGUGCCUGUGCCUGGCAUCUCAGAUCCCAUCCUGAGCUGGGCCAUGAUCAAUGCUGCAGCAGAGCCAAACUGGGAGGAGGAUAAGGGGAGCUGAUGCCCCUGCCUUCCCCAGCCAGUUCCUGCCAGGCUGAGGCAUGAAAGCUUUCAGCAGCACAGCCCUCAGCGCUGACAGCGGGUGCACAGGGAGCUGGUCCUGGGAGGUGACCACAAGGCCACUAGGGCCUACAGUGCUGACAAGACGUGGGAUGCUGCUCUUGAGGGAGAGUGGACUGGAGCUGUCCUGGCUUUUGGUGUGCAUGCGUGUGAGCCUCCUAGUAUGUGAAUGAGGUGGGCAGGGACCUCCCUCCCAGCCCCUUGGGCACUGCAUUGACUCUGAGUGCACCGAGCUCACUGUCCCUCAGCAUCGCUGCUGUAGCCAGCUGAUGGGGAGCCCUCGUCCCCACCCUGUUGCCUCUGGACUGCUGAGCGCCCUUGCUCUGAUGGAGUGCCUCUGUUCCUGCUGGGGUUUGGAAGGGAGUGAAAAGUCUGUCUCAUGCAGAUGCCUGUGGAGGAAUGACGUGUACACGCGAUGAACUUUGCACGUAUCCUUCUGGUGUCUAUGUGCUCAGCACCUGCCUGCUGUGAAGCUGCCUGUGGAGAGAGUGGCUUUCCAGAUGCAGCAGGGCCUGGGACGUGGGUGAAUUGCUCCUCUUCACACUGCUGCUUACCAAAGACACCCAAGGGCUCCAAGUGGUUCAGCUGCAACUCUGACUUGGUUCAAAACCCUCGUGGAUACCAAAACCCCUAGUUCCUCCUGGGCGGAGACAUGGCUCUGCAGGUGCCUAUUGCUGGUGGAGGGCUGUGUGUGGGCAUUACCGACCUCAGGAGAAGGCCCUUAAGUUUGCUCGGCCCCCUGUGUGGCUUGCCCCAUCCUCCCCUUGCAGCUGUGAUGCGGCAGCCCCAUGCUGACAGCCCUGCGCUCGCUCUCGCUGUGCUUCCUUGUGCCCUCCUGUUUGCCGGGCAGUCCCUGGCUGAGGACCUGUGAAUGUGCUUCCUUCUCCCUCGGCUGCUGUGUGUUUAGGUGCUGACAGCUCCUUGCCCUCCAGCCAUCCCAGACUCCAGCUUUGGAGGAAAUGUGAGGUGUUUACAGAGCCUGAGAGUCCCUGGGGGGCUCUUCUGCAGCUGGCUUGGAGGCCGGGAGGCCAGGCCGACUCCAAAGCAGGGCUGCUGGCUGCCUCCCAGCAUGGGGCAACUCCUGUGCUUCCUGCGGCGGCCUAUAAACGCCCCGUGUGAAGUGGCUGUGGCGCAGGUGAGUCUCCCAAGUGUGCUGGGGCCCCGCAGGUACUGCUCUCUGCUGCCAUCCCCCGUACUUGUGGGGACUGUCCCUGCCGCGCUCCUCCCCAGCUGGCGUGGGGCAGAGGGAUUGACCCCGAUCGUACUUGCUCCUUCCCUGCACCAGGGAGGGGGCUCUGCUCCCUGGCAGCCAGGCUCUGUUACAGACUGGUCCUCGGCCGCCUUGAAGCGCAAACGUGGAGGGGACGCCCCAGUCUAUGCAACUUUCUAAGCAAUAAAACUGCCCUGCUGUAGCCUUACCGCCCAAGAGGCUGCUUCUGUUACCCUCAGCCUGGCUCCCGCAGCCCGGCCUUUACCUUGUCUCAGUGUUAUUGCCUCCCUUUGGCUACGAGAGGAAGGGGGAGGGAUCCCCAGCGCUCCCUGGGCUGCUUCCUCCAAGCAGCUGUAGGCAUUUUUGCUGUUGGUGUGUGUCUGUGCCAGGUUCGCUCUCCUGCCCUUGCCGUGCUUCCAUCCCCGCUGUGGCGUGAGCAGCCUCUGCAAGCAGCCCGGCACGCCUUCCUGCCCGCGCGCCGCGGCUCUUCUGUCCCCUCCGUGUGCUUAACACAAGUUGAUGACUGAAUUAUUUUUUUA